AAAUCUUCAUUGCUAUAUCUUUAAUUCAAAUUUAAAAUUAUUUUUAUUUCUAAAGAAUACUAAUUAUCAUGUCUUACACUAAGUCUGUUAACCACAUCGCAUCAUACCCUCCAGUAUCAAGUCUUGUUACUUAUGCACUUUCUUUCCAAUUGAUUAAUUAUGUUUAUCAACAAUUUAUUAGUCUUUAUGCAGUUGCCGAUAAGAAAGCCGUCACUCCUUAUUUCGGAGAUCUUUUAACUACUGUUGACACCAAGUUUGAUUCCUUGGUUCUUGGAAAUGUUGACACUUAUGUUGCUCCUCAUCUCCCAGUCAUUGCUUCGAUUUCUGACUUGAAUCCAAUUACCUUUACCAGUAAGAAUGUAUUGGCUCCUGUUAACACCAUUGUCUAUGAUACUGCUGAUAAAUACCUCCCAGCCACAGUUACCGAAAACAAACCAGUUUUCAAAUUAUCUGAAUUGACUGAAACUUCAGAAUUAUCUAAAUCUGUUGCUAUUGGAAAGGAAAUUUCUUCAAGACUUACUACUCUUGUUACUUCCAAAUCAUCUGAAAUUUCUUCUCAUCUCACCACAACUUACAAUGAAGAAUUGGAACAAUUAUCUGAUAAAGCAUCUAAGGAAGUUAACAAUGUUCAAAAGCAUGUUUCUGCAUCUUACCUGACUUCUCUUAAAUUAGCUCAAGAUUUGAACAAAUCUUACAUUCAACCAUUGAAGACUCAAACUCAAGAUUACGUAGUUGAUGUUGCUACCACCACCAAGAAUAAGGCUGAUGCAUUGAUUUCUGAGGCUAAGCAUGGAAUCUCCAACGGUAUCUCUACCAUUAACAACAAGGGAGAAGAAAUUGCUAACAGUGUCAGUAGUGGAUCUUCCGCCAUUCCAGUGAACUAAUUUAUUCUUACUUUAUUGAAGUUUUAAUUUCUGUUUUACAUUGGGAUUUAUUUAUUUUUGAGAAACUUGGGAUGGGUAAUAUGAAACUACAACUUUUGGAGUAUUUAUGUUAGGCUUAAACAUUAACCAAUU